AUGAAGUUAACUUGUGCCUGUAUUUUUAUUUCAUUAAUAUUUUUACUAAAAGUGAACGCAGCAACUGGUCACUGCACCUUAUCUAUGAAUACUGAUUUCGGAGAACCUUCGCCGGUGUACAUAAGAAAUGACACGUAUUUGGCGCCAAACGCGUCCUCGGGUUUCAUUUUGUUGCGGCGCUCUGAAACAUUGCUCGUAGGGUGUCCCGGCACGAAGAAAUUCGUUGUUUUAGGCAACUUCACAACUGACGUAAAUUUUUUGGACGUGCAAUGCGUAUCGAAUAAAACGUUUCGGGCUGGCCGGUGGGUGGGUCAGUUUAAGGACAUAAAAUGUAACUCUUUACCUUGGUUCACGGCUGAGGAGACCUCCGUAUAUUGUUCCGGACGGCACAAGCUGUUUAGAAUUGGCUACCAGCUUCGCAAAUUUCACACGCUAUACGAGGCUUGUUUCGACCGAGAGCUGCUCUCGACUCUCUACGUGCACCACGAUAUCUCGCCGGCCAGUCACUUGAUGCAGAACAGUAGCAGUAGACCGCAGUUUAUUGAAGGCAAUGUGUUCGGUAAAAUCAAAAUGUCGAAAGUGUAUGCGAUUGAAAACCAAAGGGAGCGAUUAAAUAGUAUCCUCGGGAACAACAUGGAUCAACAAUAUAUUACAAAGAAGCAGUUUUUAAACCGCGGCCAUCUUGCAGCCCGUGCUGAUUUCAUACUUCGCGCACCGCAGAAAGCAUCUUUCCACUACAUAAAUGCGGCACCGCAAUGGAUGCGUGGGAAUGCCGGGGAUUGGGCUGCGUUGGAAGAAGCACUCCGUCGCCGCAUCUCAAAAUACGGCACCAGCGUGAAAGUGAUCACCGGCACUCAUGGGGUCUGCACGCUGCCUGACAACCAGGGAAUACAGAAGCAGUUGUUCUUGGGCAUCGACGAAAACAACAACUACGUGAUUCCUGUGCCACUUUAUUUUUAUAAGUUAGUUUACGACCCGCAUAAGAAGAGAGCGGCGGCUUUCAUAUCAAUCAAUUCCUCGUACUACAAUAGCACUAUGAUCGAAAAGCUGACGUUCUGCAGCGACGUCUGCGACGGAAACAAGAAGUACUCGUGGCUAAGAUGGCGAUCUAACGACGGCACGCACAGUUUCUGUUGUAACUACGAAGAAUUUUCAAAAUAUAUUGACUACUUACCCAAACUUGAUGUCAAAAAGUUAUUUUACUAG